GGCGACGGCGAGGCGGCGUGAAGGGGGCGCGUCGCGCUCGGAUGACGUCAGCGCCGCGCCAUGGCGGCCCGCCGCGCGCUGCACUUCGUCUUCAAAGUGGGCGACCGCGGGCGCAGCGCGCGCUUCUACCGCGAGCUGCUGGGCAUGAGGGUGCUGAGGCACGAGGAGUUCGAGGAGGGCUGCAAAGCCAGCUGCAACGGCCCUUAUGAUGGAAAAUGGAGCAAAACAAUGGUGGGCUACGGGCCGGAAGACAAUCACUUUGUUGCAGAAUUGACAUACAAUUACGGUAUUGGAGAAUAUCGCCUGGGCAAUGACUUUCUGGGCAUAACACUUGUGUCCAGCCAGGCUGUGAGCAAUGCUAAGAAGAUGGGGUGGCCCCUCAAAGAAGUCACGGCUGGUCUUUUUGAAACUGAAGCCCCGGGGGGAUACAAGUUUUACUUGGAAGACAAGGAACAGCUCAAGCAAGAUCCUGUGCUAAAGGUAACCUUGGGUGUCUCCGACCUGCAGAAGUCUGUUAACUACUGGUCUGAUUUGCUCGGGAUGAAAAUAUAUGAGAAGGAUGAGAAAAAGCAAAGGGUAUUGCUAGGCUAUGCGGAUAACCAGUGUAAGUUGGAGUUGAAGACUGUUGGAGGAGCAGUGGAUCAUGGGACAGCGUUUGGGCGAAUUGCCUUCUCCUGCGCAAAGGAAGAGUUGCCAAACAUCGAAGCACUGAUGAAAAAGGAGAAUCAGAAAAUUUUAACGCCUCUGGUUAGCUUGGACACACCUGGCAAAGCCACAGUGCAAGUGAUUAUUUUGGCUGAUCCUGAUGGCCAUGAAAUCUGUUUUGUGGGAGAUGAAGCAUUCAGAGAUCUGUCCAAGGUGGACCCUAAUGGUGACAAAUUGUUAGAUGAUGCCAUGGCGGCGGACAACAGUGACCAAUGGUUUGCUGCGCGAAAAAUGAAGAAGGUUUCUGCUUAGCUGGAGAAAAGGACUGGACGUCUCGUUUGUGCCUCGGUUCUCAUCUGAGGGAAAUGCCAAUCCUAUGUAACGUGUUGCAUUACCCCUUCCAGUAAGAGGGUGCCGUAAUGUCCCAUGCUGGUCGGUUUGUUUGAUUUAAGCUUAUGUCUCUUACUGCGACUCUUCCCCUUUCAAGCAAAUGGCAUGUUCUUCAAAAAAAAUUAGGCUGUGCAGUGAGGAGCAGGCUGAGCACGUGCCUUCAAAAACAGGGGCCAUCAGUUAAGAGGAAAAACUUAACAUUUCUCUGUUGUUGUUAUACUUGGAAAAAAAUGUUGUUAGAUUUAUUAGAAUAUCCAAUUCUCUAACUAAUCGACUUUAGCCAUCCUGGAUUUGCGGCUUGGAGAAGAGAUUUUCAGGUAGCUGCAGCUAUAUCACAGGCACUCCGCUUCUGUGACGAAGUAUCGGAGUUCAGCUAUGGUAGUGCAUGCCUGUUUAUUGGGAAGAGAACAAUUAUUUUGCUAAAGCACGUGAAUAUCCUGGUCUGGAACAAACCCUAUUUUCAUUCCAAGAUGUUUUUCCAGCUUUGGAGGUGAAAUCUUUGUUUGAGAAGCCCAUGGUGCGUUUCUCACUGGGGCCACGUCAUCGAUGCGGUGGUUUCCACCUCAUACUAAGCUCCUGCGUAUCCGUCUCCUGAUGGCAGCAUACAGAGCCUUCCACAUUCCAGGCGGGAGCCGAGCCGUGCUUCAGGGCAUGUAGCAGCUGCGCUGUCCCCGGGGUGCCGGGAGGCUAUUUGAAAUAAAUCUAUUCUGGUUUUGCAGUUA